UCUCUUUGCCCUAACCGGUCCAUCCGGUUACACGUCCACGGUUCUCUUCUCUCUUCUCUUCCCUCUCUGAAGUUCGAACAGAAAGAAGUCAAAGAACUCGUUACGACGCUGACGCUGACGCUAACCCGGGUUUGUUCUUUUUCCCUCGUAUUCCCAAUUCUAGCAUCCAAAUCGUACAGUUGGAGGGGUUCUGAGGUUAAUUCAAAUGAGUUCAAUUAUAAACCUUGAGGAGGUUCCAGUUACACCCAUGAAACGUGAUCCUGCAUGGAAGCAUGUUCAGAUGUUUAAGAAUGGGAAGAAGGAGCAACUGAAGUGCAUAUAUUGCAAGAAGUUGUUCAAUGGUGGUGGCAUUUAUAGGGUUAAGGAACAUCUUGCUUGUAGGAAGGGCAAUGGAUCCAUUUGCAGUCUUGUUCCCAAGGAUGUUACGUUUCAUAUGCAGCAGAGCUUGGAAGAUAGUGGGACGAAGAAGAUUAAGAAAGGGAAGAAGCAGAAGCAGCAGAAGCAGCAGAAGAAGCAGAAGAAGCAGAAGAUUGAGGAAGAGAUCAUGCCCUUGGUUUCAAAUCAGGUGGAUGAGAAUGAUGAGGUAGUGGAUGCUCAUGUUGGUGAGGGGAUGAGUAAAAAUGCAGCAACGAAGAAGAGGAAGAAGCAGAAGGCUGAAGAAGAAGAGACCAUGGUUUCAAAUCAGGUGUUUGAGAAUCAUGAGUUAGUGGUUGCUGGUGAGGGAAUUAGUAUAAAUGUAGUGGAUGCUCAUGUUGGUGAGGGGAUGAGUAAAAAUGCAGCAACGAAGAAGAGGAAGAAGCAGAAGGCUGAAGAAGAAGAGACCAUGGUUUCAAAUCAGGUGUUUGAGAAUCAUGAAUUAGUGGUUGCUGGUGAAGGAAUGAGUAUAAAUGUAGAAAUGACGAAGAACUCAACACCGAUGCACUCUACAGAUAUUGAUGCUGAUUCUGAAGCUGUUCUUGCGGUGGAGAAAAAUGCAUUGGGUCCCAAAGGGUUUGACAAUGACAUUAAGACAGCAAUAGGUCAGUUUUUGUAUUAUGUUGGUGCACCUUUUGAUGCUGUGAACUCAGUCUAUUUUAAACAGAUGGUGGAGGCAAUUUCUUCAAGGGGUUCGGGAUUUGAGUGUCCCUCGCAGCAUGAACUCCGCGGUUGGGUCCUGAAAUACUCUGUGGAAGAAAUGAAGAAUGAUGUAGAGAGGUGCAGGUUGAAAUGGGGGAGGACAGGCUGUUCUAUCUUGGUUGAUCAGUUGACUACAGAAGCCGGUAGAGUGCUGCUAAAUUUUUUUGCCUGUUUUCCCGAUGGAAUAAUCUGUUUGAAAACCUUUGACUCAACCGAGAUUUUUGUUCCUGCAAAGUGUUAUGAGUUGAUAAGACAAGUAGUAGAAGACAUUGGAGUUGGACAUGUGCUGCAAGUGAUUACACCAGGUGAAGAACUAUAUGCUGUUGCUGGUAAGUGGCUAACUGAUACUUUUCCUACCCUUUUUUGGAGCCCUUCAGCAGCUUAUUGCAUUGAUCUUAUAUUUGAAGAUUUUGGAAAUAUUGAGUGGAUUAGUAUUGUGAUUGAACAAGCUAGAUCUAUAACUAGAUUUGUCUACAAUUGUAGUGCAGUCUUGAGUAUGGUUAGAAGGUAUACUUUAGGGACUGAUAUUGUUGAUCCUGCAUUCUCACACUUGUCAACAAACUUUUCCACAAUAAAACGAUUUGUUGAUCUCAAACACAAGUUACAAACCAUGAUCACAUCUCAAGAGUGGAUGGAUUGUCCAUACUCAAAGAAAGCAGAAGGUUUGGAAAUGUUAGAUAUCCUGAGUGAUAAAGUUUUUUGGUCCUCAUGUCAAAUGAUCGUUCGUCUAACAGCUCCUCUCUUGGGGGUCCUGAGAAUAGCUACUAGUGAGUUGAAACCUGCAAUGGGAUACAUUUAUGCUGGAAUUUACCGGGCAAAAGAAGCUAUUAAGAAAGCACUUGUUAAGAGGGAGGAUUAUAUGGUGUACUGGAAUAUUAUACAUAACAGAUGGGAAAGGUUGUGGAAUCAUCCCCUUCAUGCUGCUGGCUUCUACCUUAAUCCAAAGUUCUUCUAUAGUAUUCAUGGGGAUAUGCAAAGUCAGAUUCUCUCAAGGUUGUUUGAUUGUAUAGAGAGAUUAGUUCCUGAUACAAGAAUCCAAGAUAAAAUUGUCAAGGAGAUAACCUUAUACAAGACUGCUGCUGGAGAUUUCGGGAGAAAGAUGGCAAUCAGAGCUAGAAAUAAUCUGCUUCCUACUGAAUGGUGGUCAACAUAUGGAGGAGGCUGCCCCAACUUAUCCCGUUUAUCAAUUCGUAUUCUCAGUCAGACAUGCAGUUUGCCAAUGUACAAGAGAAACCAGAUGUCUUUCGAACAAAAAGUGAAUUCGGGGAAUUUUAUAGUAAGCCAACAUAUUAGCGAUCUUGCCUUUGUUCAGCACAACUUACAAUUAAGACAAAUGCUCACUAGCAAAGAACAAAAUUUGAGUGAUCCGUUAUCUUUCAAUAGCAUUGGCAUGGUUGAGGAGUGGAUCAGGCCAAAUGAUUUACUCUUUGAAGAGAAUGGGAGCUCAUAUUGGAUGGUACUUGACCCUUCUGUUAACUCAAUGCUCAUAAGGCCAUCAAAUGAUGAAGCUGAAGAAUUGGGCGAAGGGUUUGAUGAUCAUGAAAUUUUCAAUUAUGGGAAAUAGAUAGUGGAUGAUCCAGAGAGCCAUUGUUUUGGUCUGUAGAAUCUACGCUGAUGAGGGACAAUAGAUAGUGGAUGAUCCUCGUUAUUGCCCAGCACAGAAAAUGCGUAUUGUUUACAUUUUCCAGUUGUUUUCCUGAUGCUAGUGGCUAAUUGCUAGGUGGACUUUUUGGGAAGAGGAGGAUGUCCCAAUUCUUGUUAGAUCUGUUACUUCUUGUACAGUUGCCUAUAUGUCUUUGGUAGUUUUGCAGCAUGUGUCGCUCCAAUUUAGGGUACAACUCUUACAAACUUGAACUCUUAAGUGUAACAGAACGAGCUAGUGGAUCUUGAAUGUGUUUUGGCUAAGAUUGUUCAUCUUGUGAAUUGA